AUGGAUGGCGUGAUUGAGAAGAUCGCAUCAAAGGAUUACAGCGAUGUCUUUGCAAAGCCAGUCAGUGAAAAAGAAGUGCCGGGCUAUUCGACAGUCAUUAAAAAUCCAAUGGAUUUGUCAACUAUGCGCAAGAAACUUGCGAAAGGAGAGUAUAAGAAUCUUUCUCAACUGAAAGCCGAUUUCACGCUUAUGAUGAACAAUUGCUCGACGUUCAAUCGGCACAACGAGUUCUUCUGGAAAUACGGCCAUCGACUGCAUCGUAUCGGCCUGAAAUAUUUCCGAGUUGCUGAAAAAGAGAUUCAUUCUCACUCACUGGUAUGA